AUGCACUUCCCCACCACCACCACCCUCCUCGCCGCCGCCGCGUUGGCACCUCUCGCAGCCGCCGUGCCCGCCACGCCGCCGAUAUGGGCACCUCGCCUUAAUGCCGUGGCCGUCCACAAGAGCGGCGGGUUCAAAGAUAUGAUCUUGACUGAGAUCCGUACCAAUACUCUCAGGACCUCGAAUGGGACGGAUGAUAACCGUCAGAUCUCUUUCCACCUCGCUGACGCAAACUUCAACACCACAACCACCUGCACCAAAACCUGGUACGAGACCUACAACACCUCCACCACCCGUCCCGGGUCCUACAUGGCCUGCAAAGCGAAUGCCGGUGUGAAAGAGAGCUACCGGUGGUUCUUCGACAGCUACACCAGCCUCGGAGAGUUCGGUCUGCAGCUGGCGCAUGCGUAUAGUGACCCGGUGAACUACCCGCCGCCGUGGGAUGUGGUGGGGUUGUUUGCUACGGUUAAUAUUACGUUGGGGUGUGCGGAGGGGAAAGGGGGGAAGGAGUGUGCGCUCAAGGAGGGGGAGAGUGUUAGGGCGCCGAUUAAUGGUGCUGUUAACUGA